AUGUUCAAAACAGACACACCUAUAACAGGGCCGGAGUUAGAAGCCUUGCACAUGAUCUAUGAUGAUCUUGGUGACAUACGCAACAGUUUAAUGUCAUCUCAUAACUCAGACAUUUUAGCGAGACUCAUACUAGCAGUCGCCACAGUGCUGCUGUUGCUAGUGGUGGUGCUAGUUGAUGGAGAGCCUUACCCCUUCUUUAUCGAGGAGCUUGGUGGAUAUGGAGGCGGAUAUGGCGGCGGAUAUGGAAAGGGUAAAGGCAAAGGUAAAGGCAAGGGAAAAGGCAAAGGAAAAGGCCAUGGUGGAUGCGUAUGUGGAUAUGGUGGUGGACACGGCGGCGGAUAUGGCGGUGGAUAUGGUGGCGGCCACGGUGGCGGCUAUGGCGGUGGAUAUGGUGGCGGCCACGGCGGUGGAUAUGGUGGCGGCGGCUACGAGAGCGGAUAUGGUGGAUACGGCGGUGGUGAAAGCUAUGGUUACCACUAG